AUGAAAGAGGUGGGCGAGAUUUGUAUGUACGUGCGACAACAAGGUAUACGCGCUUCGGCGUCUAGGAGCGCUGUCUAUUGGGAAAGCACCGCGCACGUCAGCGACUAG